CGGGGUGUAGGUCACAUGGGGCGCUGCGCCACUUCCGGCCCUCCCUCUUGGCUUCCAUCUUGCUCCCCGCGUGUGUGCGCGCCCGUCCCCCGGCUCCGUAGGAAGCCUUUAAACCCGCUCUGCUCGCCAGGCGUGCCCGCUGUCUGCCUUCAGAAGAUGAAAGAGACAAUCAUGAAUCAAGAAAAGUUAGCCAAACUGCAAGCACAAGUGCGCAUUGGUGGAAAGGGGACAGCCCGCAGAAAGAAGAAGGUUGUGCACAGAACAGCAACUGCCGAUGAUAAGAAACUGCAGUUCUCUCUGAAAAAACUUGGAGUGAAUAACAUCUCUGGCAUAGAGGAGGUGAAUAUGUUUACAAACCAAGGAACAGUUAUUCACUUUAACAACCCCAAAGUCCAGGCUUCCUUGGCUGCCAACACAUUUACCAUUACUGGGCAUGCUGAGACCAAGCAGCUUACGGAGAUGCUGCCCAGCAUUUUAAAUCAGCUUGGAGCAGACAGCCUUACCAGCUUGCGGAGACUUGCAGAGGCCUUGCCUAAACAAUCUGUGGAUGGGAAAGCACCACUAGCUUCUGGGGAGGAAGAAGAUGAUGAAGUACCAGAACUGGUUGAGAACUUUGAUGAGGCUUCAAAGAAUGAAUCGGUCUGAAUGAAAAAUAUCUAAAAGGAACAAAACUUGAAAAGCUGACGGAGCUCCUAUUUUAUAUUGUGACUGCAUUGCCUUUGUGUGUGGUUUUUUGUUGUUUUCUUUUGACCUUUGAGAUUAAAAGCCCCACAGAUUUGAAAUUCUUUCUAUAGCAGCUCUGCAGUAACUGCAUUCAUCAGAUAAUUUGCCUUUGCAGCCACAUAAAGUGAACAGUCCUGGAAAUUAAAAUGUAAAUGAAUAAAGAAUAAACUUAAUAGGAAUUG